AAACUGCCCAGGAAACAAUGGGUAUUUGGCACUAUAUGCUGUGCAUUUAUGUGUUAAUAUCAGUUCUGUAGUCAAAAUACAAAGCCAAGUUGGGAUGUCAGGUUUCUUACGCUGGGUCAGAUCAUGGAUCCAUUGGUGUUUAUGCUUGCUUGCAGAUUCGUUCCGAGACAAUUGCCACUUAUGCCCUCUGUGGGUUUGCCAACUUUGGUUCCCUAGGAAUGAUGAUCGGUGGACUUGCCUCUCUAGCGCCUGGUAGAAAGCGGGACAUCUCCGCUGGAGCAAUAAGAUCUCUGAUCGCAGGGACUGUUGCCUGCUUCAUGACAGCCUGUGUCGCAGGCAUACUCUCUGGCACCCCCGAGGACAUCAACUGCCAUCACAUUUUAGAGAMUGCCUUCAGCUCCAGUUUACCUGGCAACGCAACCACAGUGGUGUCUUGUUGCCAAACUCUGUUGAGCAGCACUACUGCCAAGGAGCCUGGUGGGGUCAUCCCAGGAGGAAACUACAACCUGUACUUUGUGAAGGGCUGCUGCAAAUUGUUGAAUCCACCAACACUGAACUGCAGUUGGAUCCCUGACACAUUUUGAAUUCUACCACUUCCCCAUUGGAACUCUGAGUGAAGAUGUUGAGCUAUUGUCUACAGAUUAAUAAAUUUAAUCAUGGAAUCAAGUUUAAUUGCAAGGAAAGAAGAAAAAUUAAGAGUGAACCUUCCAGAGCUAUAACAUCUCCCUGCUUCCCUUCCCUCCCCAACGCACCUUCUCCACACUGUGACCAACUAUGAUGUCUCCAACUGAGGUAUCAUCUCCACUCUCAACAAUGUCUUCUAACCUUACAUUUUUAAGGUAUUUCAUGACAAUACAGGUUUAAACAGUAGCUCUCAACAACACGGCUGUGWCUCAGCCAYAUCUYCUUAGUAUGCUAAAUGGKCCCAGAGUGACUUGUUUUAAACACAUCUCAGGUGACAUCACUCUGCAUUCACCCUAACUUCCCUGAAAUAAUUUGAACUUGAAUUUCACCCCAAAGGAAGGCUGAUCAGCAAACACCUACUGAUUGUCUACCAUCCAGAGGUCCYACCUAAAUCCAGAGUUCUUCAGAAAAGCAUGUAGACCAUAYMAGAAUAAGGAUUUAAAUUCUGUAAUCUUGGAGAGUUGUAUCAAUCAGUUUAAGUUAAGUUAUACUGCAGUAACAAACAAUCACAAUAACUUGUAGCUAAAUUUAUCUUUCACUCAUAUUAUGUUUGUAAUGGUCAACUUUGGCUUAAUCUAUAUUUUCUUAAUUUCCAGGAUGCAGGCUAAAGAAGCAGCCUUUGUGUGGGUGGGGCAUGCUGGUAUUAGAGAGGGAAAAGAAAGGUAGGGAUAACAUGAUGGUUCUUAAAAUUUCUGCUAGUGGAAGUGACACCAUUCACUUGCCYUAUAUUCCAUUACCCAGAAGAAGUCCUAUGGGAAAUAUAAUGUCUGUGACCAUACAUGAAUUAUCCUAUCAAAGAGAAGGAUGGUGAGUAUUUUACAAGAAUAAUAUGAUACUACAGAGUACAUGAUAUCUAUUCUUCCUUCAAGGAGUCARCUUGUUACAGGACAUAAUGGUAGGCCUAUUCAUGUGCAAAUUUAGUWAUAUUCCUGGUGACAAGACUGGAAAGCAA